AUGUCGACCGCGGCUGUCCGAGAGAGGUCAUCGAGCGCCGAAGAGGCUCCUCGCAAAAAGCCCAAGCGCACUUAUCGCGCCUGCUACCCUUGUCGCUCGCGCAAGCUGAAGUGCAACUUUGGAGAAGACCCCAAUCGACCCUGGAAUGGGCCUUGUCUCCGCUGUAUCCGUGAGCAGCGCGAAUGCGUGCGCUCGAUGCCCACUGUUGUACGGUAUUCCCUGCCUGGAGCCGACGGCGUGAUCGCGUUUCCACACGAGCUGGCAUCGGGCUCCGCAACCACCGCAACGUCUACCAGACCGACUGUCAUCACGACAAGCACUGGUGAAGUGCAGCCUACCAGGACCCACUCAAAAUCGACCUUUAGGAACGAGUAUCAGGGACCGAGUCCUCGGGACGACCAUUUCGACGACGCCGCCAUGGACGCUCAUCACCACGGCCGUGCGGAGACUCCACCAUCCAGUGGUGGAGACGACGGAGGCAGUGCCCUAGUCAGCUCCAAUCUCCAGAACCCCAACGAUGCGCUCAAACUCCUGGCAAGCGCCAGCAGUCUCCGGUAUCGCAACCAUGAGGAGAAUCAUGGAUCGCCCAGUGAACCGAUCCCCGAUGGGAUCAAGGGCAACGCCUCGCCGUGGCUGUCUUGGUCACCCAUUGCAGAGGGCCACCUUACCGAGCAAGAAGGAGGCGCACUUCUCUGCUUCUUUGAGCUGCGCAUGGCGCCCCUCUACCCACUGCUCCACCCGGCGAUCUUUGCAACCGACUACCUUGAUGCCUUGGUGCGAAGCGAGUCGCUGCUGCUGGGUGCGAUCAUUGUCAUCGCAUCCCGAUACUCCAACGUCCUUGACCCAACCCGGGCAAGCACCAUUCAUGUUGAGGUUGCUAAAUGGGUGCGCUCCGAAUUUGCGGCUCUGAUCGAUGGCGACGCAACGCUCAGGACAGUCAGCACCGUUGAGGCUCUCCUACUCCUCUCCGAAUGGCCGAUGCUGCCCCUUCGCGAGCGUCAACGUGCGGGGCCGGACUCGGAAGAAGCUCGUCUAUUGAGACCCAGCCUGCGCUUUGAUGCAUACUGCUGGGGAAACAUUGGGUGGGCGGUGCGUCUCGCCCAUGAACUGGGCAUGGAGGAGGUCGUCUUCCAACUGCCAGCAGUGGCCAAUACGCCUGACGGUUGGAAGCAAGACAGAAUCUUGAAGAGUUACAUUUACUGCUACAAUGCAGAGCAGCACAUUGCCACUCGCCUUGGCAGAAACGCCGUGAUGCAACCCAAUAAGUCGACCGCGUGGUGGGAGUCUUUGUCGCGAGAGGUCAACUGCGCCGCACCCGAGGGUGCCUCUACCGAUGCCUGGCGUUCCGAUCUCAUCCCCCCUGCGUGCAAUGCGCAACUUAUGUGCAGUAUUCAACAGCAUCUCUGUGAGCUCUAUGAUUGCUUCCCUGAGCUGACAGCAGACUGGAGUAAAGAACUCACCCACACUCUCCUCCGCACGGGUGCAUGGGAGUCGUUUAUGCGCAGCCUCCAUCUCGAUAUGGACUACAGCAGCAAAUGUUGUGAAUCAAAACUGAGCUCCGGUACUGUUAGCGGCUCGCUCCUGCAACUCGAGUUCGAUUACAUGGUCCUGUAUGCCAAUUCGCUCGCUCUGCGGUCUCUACAGGGUCGCAUGAGGCGCGGCCGCGCAGCCAAGGACCCAGCAUGGGAGACACCGUCGUUGCUCAACAUGGUCGAAGGAAAAUGGGUGAUUGGUGCCCUCGAUGCGGCUCGUUCGAUCAUCGAUAUCGCCCUCAACGUUCUCCAAAAGCGCCAGUACUUGAGGUACUGCCCCUCGCGCAUCUUCCAAUACAUCCUCUUUGCCACGACGUUCCUGUAUAAGGUGAGCCUUUCCCGUGCCUCUAGUACUGACUUGAUUCAGGCCCUUGCCAGUGGUGUGGUUGAGCAUGGUGAGAGCUCUGUUGCUGGCUUGCUCGAACGCACAGUUGCAGCACUCAGUGCGGCGGCGAUCGAUGACGAACACUUCCUUGCGGGUUUCGCGGUGCUUCUCGCUCGACUGGGAAAGCACUGGCACGGCCCCAAGUCGGACUCGUCCGGCGUUUUCCGCCGCCACGCAUCCUCGGCCGCAGAAUCGCAGCCUACACCUUCCAGUUAUGGUGCGCCACCUACUCUGCAGGUGAAUGGCCAGUUCCCCAGCGCCAUGGAUACUGUAGGAGAGGGGCUCCACUUUGGUGACAUGCCAAGCGCCCACCAACUUCCGGGCCACGCACUCCAAGCGCCAUCCGGAAUCUCCGACAGCUUCAUGUGGCAGCUGGAUCUCACGUCCCACAUGCCCGCUGCCGACCUCGAACAGGACAUGUUGUUCCAGAGUAUCUGGGAUGCCCACUCGGACGCCGCCAUCACCUCGUCCAAUCUGUACGCGACCCUUCUUGGUGGCGCUGUGCUUGAUUUUCCCGAUACAGCCUGA